GUCAGUGCGGUGCGGGCUUUCCAACAAAACCAUCACACCUCACAAGUCACCAUUCCACGUACACUCGUGCCUCUGCCUUCACCUUAAGACCCGGCGCUCCUGACUUACCUGUCGGUACUGGCCCGGAAGCAUCCAACGACGGGCUCUGCUGGCCUGUGCGACCCGAUCUUCAGCUGAUUGCAUCGACAAGUAGAAGUAGAGUAGUCAGACGCCUGUUGACUGAAGAGCAGGUCAAGGUCACGUCAUGGAUCAUGGGAACCUUGCCACCAGCUCUGCACCUCUGAGUGACGUUGGAGCUGGCGGAGUGCAAUUGGAUCCCCUGCACUUGCUGCACUCUGAGAUCACCACUGUUACUUCUGCGCUCCGCAAGCAACUUCGGGUCGCGUCUUCAUCGUCUUUUCUCGGUAGCAGCAGCAACAGCUCUACCACUGGCGCAGGUGCCAUCGCUCCAGGUACGACAUCAGCUUCUCUCACGAGGGCAGCGGUCGCAGCAGCGGUCGCAUCGCUUGAAGCGUCCACUUCGUCCGCUACAGACGGCGCGGCAUCAUCCAAUGGUCUCACUCCUGCAACAUCCCCUUCUGCACGCUUGACCGCAAGUGCAGCUAGACCGAUUUCGAGCCUAGGCUCCGUCAAUAUCACAAGGCAGUCAGCCGCGUACGCCGGUGACCGCGACGAGAGCCUGCCAGGACUGCUCAAUGGCUUUACCGUGCUUCGUGCACAGCUAAGAGCGCAGCAAACACUAGGCGAUCUCCCCCUUCUCGUGCUUCUGGCCCCUUUCCUUCGAGUGAUUCUUUCGCCGCGCACAACUGGUCCGAUCACGUCAGCUGCUCUGCAAGCGGUGCAUCGCCUCCUGCUCUACCGCAUCAUCAAGCUGCCCGCCAAUCACUUGGGCAGCGCUUCGCAUUCCUCUUCCAGCUUUCGAGCCGCCCAAUCGGCCGUCGCUGAGAUCGCACAUGCGGUCUCACACUGCCGAUUCGAAGCCAGUGAUGCUGCUGCUGACGAGCUGGUGCUGCUGCGCAUCCUCGCGGUCAUGCGUGAGCUUGUAUGCGGAGAUGCCAAUCGAGCUUCGGGAAAGGAGCCGCUUGCGAAUAUUCUGGGUGACGAGAGCAUAUGCGAGAUGGUAGAGACAGGUUUGAGCAUGUGCUGCCAGACUCGACUUAGUGACCUGCUACGCAAGACCGCAGAGCAGUCGAUGAUUGCCAUGGCUCGUACACUCUUCUCGCGCCUCCACGCCAUACCUACUACCGACGACGAGGCUUUUGCAGGAGACGAUGGCAUGUCACAAGUGGAGCCAGAGCACGCGACUCUUGCGGCGGAUCCUGUAGGAGAAGAUAAGGCGGACGAUGAGAAGCGCAUGCGACGCAUGACGAUGCCCGAUCCGAAGAGUGUUGCAGUACCUGCGGCCGCCGCGGCCACCCUGCAAGAGCUCAAAGCGAUCGGCGAGGCGGAAGCCGAUGAGGAGGCAGAAGAGGAAGAAGAGGUCGGCAAAGCGAAGGGCGAUGCGGCGCUGCCCUCUGAUGCUCGGUCAGGCCACGAGUCACAAGAUUCGCCCAAACAUGUUGCGGGCGAAGAGCACCCAACGUCCGCUGACCUUGUCAACUCAGACCAGAUGGACAUACUCGGUCAGGUAGAGCCUUAUGGUCUUCCGGCUAUCAAAGAGGUUCUGCGUGUCAUCAUCUCGCUGCUGGAUCCUCACAACGCUCAGCACACAGAUACCAUGCGCCUUCUCGGCCUCUCGAUGCUCUGUUCCAUCUUCGAGGUCUCCGCCAACUCUAUCGCGAGGUUCCCUACCCUGCGAGCUAGCGUGCAGGACUCCGCUUGCAAGUACCUCUUCCAGCUCACCCGUUCUGAUCACCCGAUUGUUCUCACGCUGUCUUUGCGGGCCAUCGCCAUCAUCUUCGAGACGAUGCGAGAACAAGUGAAGUUGCAGUCAGAAUAUCUGUUGGAUUACCUGCUCGACCGACUUGCGCCUACUUUUCCACUUGCUCUGGAGCCUUGGAGCGAUGAAGCUCUUCCCAGCCUAUCCAGCAAAGCAAGCCACCCUGGAGCGGGCCGCGCUUCAUCAGGGAAAGAGGCACGUGAUGGCAAGCAGCUUGCGGUUCCUCCACCGCCACCACCCCCGCCCCAACCACGGACAUCAGAGCGCGCACCAGCUACAGGUGAGGCGCGCGAGCUGCUGCUAGAGACCCUGGGACUCAUUUGUCGAACGCACAGGCCCGACUCGCAAGCUUCGGACAGUGAUAUUGCUGUCGAGCUUUGGGCCAAUUUUGACUGCGACGUCGAUUGCGAAAACCUGUACGAACAUCUCAUACGCUUUUUGUGCCGCGCCAUCUACGCCUCAAAUCCUCUGCACCCUAAUUCGGAAGACAGCACGCAGCUCUUUGCCCUCGAUCUACUUCUUACGCUUGUUUCCCACAUGUCUGCUAGACAGGAAGCGCUCAUAGAUGGCUCUUCGCUCCACUCAGAGUCGCAUCGCAGCCCGAGUGUUGACGUGCAAGCACUUAGCGACAGCAAGAUCCAGAAAGCCGAGCUGCUAGCAGGCGCUGCGCGUUUCAAUGCCAAGCCCAAGGACGGUCUGACUUUCCUGCAGGCUCAAGGCCUCAUCGAUACGAGCGGCCGAGAUGGGCUCAGCAAAGCAGAGAGCAUCGCAAGAUUUCUGAAGACCUGUCCAAGACUCGACAAAAAGCUCCUCGGAGACUAUAUUUCUCGUCCUGACAACAUUGAAGUCCUGGAGGCUUUCAUCGGCCUGUUCGAUUUCAGGGACAAGCCUGUCGCAGACGCGAUGCGCGAGAUGCUAGAAACAUUCCGUUUGCCCGGCGAGUCGCAGCAGAUCAAUCGUAUCACCGAGACAUUCGCCAAAUUCUACUUUGCCGCUAGUCCUCCUGAGAUUCGGAGCGAGGAUGCGGUAUACGUCCUAGCAUAUUCCAUCAUCAUGCUCAACACUGAUCUUCACAGUCCGCAGAACAGGUCGCGCAUGACGGCCGAGGAUUACCGGCGAAAUCUGCGAGGCGUCAACGAUGGCAAAGAUUUCGAUAUUGAGUACCUUGGGACAAUUUACGAUAGCAUCCGCAAAAGAGAGAUUGUCAUGCCUGAAGAGCACGUUGGACAGCUGGGGUUCGAUUACACAUGGAAGGAGAUCCUUAGAAGGGCACGCACAGCGGGACGUCUCGUAUCGCCGGUCACUUCAGCUUUUGACAAGGCGAUGUUCACAGCUACCUGGCGCCCGAUUGUCGCAAGCAUAGCUCACGCUUUCUCCUCCUUCCACGACGAACUUUUGCUCGAGAGAGCCAUUAGCGGCUUCAGACAAUGCGCUAUCUUGGCGGGCACUUUCGACAUGGGCGAGCUCUUCGACUUCAUGCUGCAAGGACUAGCCAGUGCUUCGGGUCUACUGGAUGGCCAGGUUCCUGGAGGGGGCGCGUUGACCAACAAUGCGCAGGUGGAAGUGGAUGGGCAAGCGAUCACUGUCUCCCCCUUAUCGGUUCGAUUUGGAGCCAACUUCAAGGGUCAGCUUGCCGCAGUCGUUCUCUUCACGAUAGCGCAAGGCAACGCCGUGAAUGUUCGGACAGGCUGGUCGCCUAUCUUUGAAAUGCUCAAGAAUAUGUUCGUGUCCUCGCUUCUGCCCUCUUCGAUGUCUCAAAUGCAGGACUUUGCAUCGCCCGACGAUGUGGACGCCAGGACGCAUAGCGUUCCAAUACCCUUGAAACCGAGGAAAUCAUUGGGGCCCUCACCCCAGGACCCGAGGGCGCAGGGAGGCGGCUUAUUCAGCACUCUUUCUUCGUACCUACUUUCACCAUAUUCCUCGGCUCAAGAGCCAGCAGCACCCGACGUUACGGCUGAAGACGUGGAAUCAAGCCUUUGUACGCUUGAUUGCAUCGCAAGCUGCCGCAUCGACGAGCUCUGGGCACAAAUAUUGCGGCUGGAUGGACCAAACCUAUUGCCAGCGCUGCACGCCGUACGCGACUUGGCCGACAAGACUAGUAUCGAUCAAUUGCGCGCAGCAAACGCCGAUCCUCUGCGCAGAGUGCAGGAUACAGAUCAAAGCAGCUCAGGCCGUUCGACACCUACAUCUCACAUCGCUAGUGCAGGCUCCACAAUGCGCCGUCAACUAGCUUACGAACCUGCGUCCGUCUUUGUGCUGGAAAUCCUCACAACUACAGCGUGCUCUGCAGAUGAUCAAGCGAUGCAAGAAGCUUGGAAUAUUGCCUCUGGGCAUAUCUCUGUCUUGCUGCAGGCGCCUCUCUCCCACCAUCCUAUGCUGAUUGAGCGCGCUGUGGUCUCGCUCUUGAGACUCAUCGAGAGAGUGUCUCCGCUGGCCGAAGGAGCCUUGAGGGAUCAAAUCUUCGUUGCACUAGACUCUCUCCGCUCGAUACCGCAGGAGCUCCGUCAAGCAGUCAGCUCGCAGUUGAUUGCCGGGCUAGCGCAAGUCCUGCGCAGCGAUCCCGGCUUCGCCCGGUCACAAACCGAGUGGAGUCUCGUCCUUAGCCUGGUCACAGAUCAAGGAGCGACUCGAAAUGCGCGCUCUGCAAGGAGGUCAAUCAGUAUCAUUCGUCAAAUUGCCGAGGAGCGUUUGAUGAACGAUAAUUUUGAAAACGUGAUCCACAUGCUGCAAGACUUCGCCCUGAAUGCCGACUGCACUGGCUGGCGUGCCGAAGAAGCUCGCAGUGGACAACGGCGAACGUUGACGGAGAAAAAGGAGCUCGCCGAGUACGAAACCGUAUGCCAAGAGCGCGGACUGGAAGCGAUUGAGGUAUUGGCGAGCGUCAGGACAUCGAUUCCUCGGCUUCUUCGGACCUCUCGCCUUCCGCCAUCCGAUGCAUGGUGUUCUACGUGGAUCAGUCUGAUGCUAUCACUGGCUGCACAGUGUGUUAAUGGACACCGACCUGCAAGACAAGCAGCCUUGACGCAUUUGCAACGAACAGUGCUGGCUGAAGAAGUGUUGCAGGACGCGGAUCCAGCGGAGCUUCCUCUUGCGCAGAUAUUUACAAUCGUCCUCUUUCCCACCCUUGAAGAGCUGCUGAAGCCUGCCAUAUACAAGAAGGACCCGGACCUCGGACCAGGAGGGAUGCAGGAAACGCGGAUGCGCGCAUGUGCCCUCACCUGCAAAGCUUUUCUGCACUAUCUCAGCGCGCUGGCCCCAGCUGGGAUUGAUGAAGGCUUCAAGCAGUUAUGGCUGCAGUUGCUCGAUUUGCUGGACCGCUUCAUGCAUGCCAGCAAGAAAGACCAAUUGACGGAGGCCAUUCCCGAAAAUCUGAAGAACGUCCUGCUCGUGAUGCAAGCAUCUAAUCUGCUCGUGCGCCCUGCGGAUGCCAACAUCGCGGACGCGCGCACCCCUCAACAGAGCGCUUUGUGGACAUUGACGGCGGAUAGGCUUGGUCGUUUCAUGCCUACGCUUUUGGAUGAUGUCCUUGCAUCUCAUGAACCUCGGGAGCAGUCACAGGGAAGUGCUGUACGUGGCGAGGCCGAGCCAGAAGAUGCAGGCCGGCAGGGCGAGAAGGGCACGUCGGACUGACAUUAUCAAUUAGAAUGUGGUUCUUGAU